AUGACUACUACAUGGUCCCAGCAUGUGGCCGCUGUCGCUUACCCAGACCCGAGCACCGCCGCACCGCCGCACCGCCCAACAGCACAUGCUCGUUGGGAACUGAACAUGCUCGCUGAUUUCUUCAGACACCAAUGGCACAAGGAUCACAAACGAAUCGUCAACGCCCAUGGGUACCACUGGUACUGGAUGAAGCCAAUGGGUCUCGCCGCUUGGCACCCGCGCAACUGCGCAGAUUUCCUCAUCCUGCGCCUCUGGACCGAAGACAGCUACCACCUGUAUAUCGACAAUGAACGGAUGGUUCGGGUAUACGCAGAGACCUUUAUCGAUGAGCCGGAUUACCGCAACAGCUGGAGAAUCUAUCAGGCAACCCAAUCGGCAGCCGAAUCGACCAUCCUAGGGUUUGCACCGGGCGCAGAUGGCGACUGGGGCCAUGCCGGAGAACAUGCCCGCCAAUUUGAGUGGUGUGUACUCGGUUCCCACCCUGGUGUCAGAGGAUGCCCGCACCCCCACGGUGAUCACUGUGCCCACGACUACUCACCUCCGCUCACCGACCUCCGUGGGCCACACCCGACCCGCGGCUCCCUCGAUCCUGGUGGUCACAUCGGGACGCACGCAGUCGACUACGAGCUGACAUCGUCAACACCCACGUCCUCAACCCCAGCGCCAGGGUGUUCGAACCAGGGCAACCAACACAUCUUGCCGAAAUCCAGCUCUCCCCCUUCCCCGGUCAAGGUUCCUCCCCUGGUCAAGGUCCCCCUACCUUUUCCAGCGAGGGUCCCUCCUCCAGUUAAGGUUCAACCACCAGUCAAAGCCGGACCCAUAUACCCCCCCGCAAGCAACUACCGAGGCAACCCAGCGAACCAAUCCGCCGACAUUUCCGAGGCCGAGAACGUAUGCCGCUUCGUCUAUAAGCUGAACCGGCUACGAGCCGACGUCGUCCAGCAUUGCGAUCGAAUCAGCAACAUGUACUUGGACAUCAGCAAGCCGCACUGUUCACGAGAAGAGCUGGGCAGGAUUGUACCUGACAAGGCCGUCGUGACAGUCGAGGACCUGUUCAUGUCUUUGAGUGGUAUACCUAGAGAUCGUCGGAUAGCCCGGCUGACGGCCGUCGCCAUCACGGCGGUGCCUGAAGCUGGGAGCACCGAGCAUCACGCCGCCUUCGGCUUCGGCGCCAGCAGACCGAGUGAGUGUUCCCCUUCGCGAGAGCCUCACAUCCCCAAAGCCCGCGGCGCAAGUCACAGCGCGCGUGGCAACGUGUCGAUCGAACCCUCUCGAUCACAUCCGAAGGCCGCGGCGCUCGUAGCGAUCAUCUACAACGCGCGGCAGUCCCUUCAAGUCCACAACGGCGCCUCGCAGCAGUCGGAACGACGGCACGGGGCACGGCGAGCCUGA